AUUCACGUGAGACUAGUGGUUGCUCAACAAGAGGCAAAAUGUCGGACACAGAAAUGACAAACGAGGAGGUACCCCCUGAAAUGGAAACCAUUGAACAGGGUGUUGAAUCUGACGUGGCUAUGCCAGACGAACAGUUGAGUCAAUAUACUAUUCCACAUUGAGAGAUUCUGUUUUUAUUUAUUUUAUAUUAUUCUUCUGGAAAAGUGAACGAUAAGACCUCUUUAGAACUUUCGUUUUCCAUGGAAAGACCUAGAAAAAAAAUCAACGACUUCCCCCAUAAAAAAAAAAAAGUAGACUUGCGGACUUGCGUCUCUUAACUACGCGAUAUGAAAAUUAUCCAACUGUUGUAUUAAUUGAUGCAUGCAAUUAUAGUUAAAGCCAGCUGGGCUGUUUAUUUUGUCAGAAAUUGUAACUGCUGGUGGAAAAGACAUAAUAAAAUAUUUUAUUAACAUUCAAAGUUGUAAGCUGAAUUGGGUAUUAAGUUUUUAUUACUAUUAUACUAUUAUACUAUAGUAGUAGCCUAGCCCUAGCAUAUUUCUAGGCAGUGAUGGUCUAGCCACUCUAGGCCUAAUUAAGACUUUUAAUUUGUUUAAUGGGAGUCGCUUAGUCAAUUGUUUUGUCACAUGAUGAGAGUAAAUACGAGUAAGACUUCCGGGGAGGCUGUAUUUAGGCACUUGAAUACAAAAUUAAAAAAAAUUCAAAUAAUUUUUUAAAUAGCACAGUUAGUUAGAGCUAAUUUCAAAUAAAAAAAUGAAACCAGAAUCAACUUUUUAGCUUAAGUACUUUUUGAGCUAUGAAUUUUUAAAGUAUGAGUUCGUUUGGUACUUUUUACUAUGGACGAAACCUCCACAUCUUGUGACCUCAUUCCGCUGAUCGCGUCAUGCGCAAUGACUAUAUACUUUAUAUAAGGCAACGCAUCGCCUUAUCACUAAAAUACUGUUUAGGGUCGACUUAGUUUAAACUUUCAACUUUGGCACAUGAAUAAUUAAUUAAAGCUUUCCCUGACCAAUGGUAUAGUAGUUUUUGCACACGGCAAACUCUUAUGAAUGAAACUCUGAGGUAGUACUACGAUACAGCCGUUAUGCAAGUGGCUGUGAAUGGUUGCCAAUGACAACGUGUUGCACACGGUAAAUUUUGAUCAUUUAUAAUAUGGAUUCUACCGGGUUGUUAAAGCUCAAAUUAAAACAUUCCAGUUUAAAUGUCUUCAAAAUGCAUUCUGAAACACAAGUUAUCAAUUAUUUUGAUGUAGAUAGUGGUAAUAAUUUAAUAUUUCCUAAGUAUCGGCAACUUCCGCCAUUACAAAGGGGGCGUGGCCCACCCCAUGACGAAAUUAGGUUGAGCGAGCUGCAUGACCUGCUGCGAACGCGUAGAAACAUAGCGUCUCUCGUAAGACACUUAUCGCUGUGAAAAUUGGCAUACAUGUAGAUCAAUAGAUUCCCCAGAUGCAAAAAAAAAUUUGGUAGUGACAAAUUUUUUCCUUCGACUUAAUUUUAAUGAUGAAAGUUGCCUUAUAUUUACCAAGGAUUUUCUCAAAGCUGACUGAUUGUAAAUGAAAAAGAAAUUGAUUAAAAUGUAGGCCAAGAUGUCUACCUAAUUAUGAGGCCGAAAACGGAACUCAAAUAUAUAUCGAAAGUACUAAUUUAAUAAUAAAUAGACACACACAUCGGAAAAUUAAAAACUCAGAUUUUUUGGCGCCGAUUGCGAAAUCCCAUACACAAAAAGUAGUAGUCUCCCUUGACUUACCGAAGUAUCUACUGUAUUCAACACACUAGUGCUUGACAACAGUAGCCCGUUACACACUACAACUAGUAAUUCAAGAUGCCUAGGCAAUGUUCGGCUUUUGGCUGUUCAAAAGGUACAGUUAAGGACAUCGAUAUAAGUCUGCAUAAGUUUCCUCUUAAGAAUAAAGAAAAUUUAAGACAAUGGCUUGACAAAGUGGAUCUUCGUUAAUUAUUCACAUGAUAUCUUGUUCCAACCAGUUAUUAAAAUAUUUCUUCGCCGCACAAAUAUUGAAUAAUCACGCAAAUGAUGUCAUGGGCACAGAGAUCAAAAACAGCCUGCCGAUGAUAGUUCCCAUCGAAUAUCGCUCACAAAUUUUUCUUGAUAUCACUUUCUUCCUUUAAUCAUAACUGACACAUAUUUAUUGUCACAUUUUUGUGUUUUAUUUAAAAAACAUGUGUAUUCCAGAAUAUUUUGAAAGGUAACAUUUUUAAGUAACAUGACAUUGGGUAAGCACUGAUGAAGACGAACAUUUUUCUUAAAAAAUAAUGGCAGAUCAGCUGUUAUCUUUUGUUGUGUGUAGCAGCCUAGUGAUGGCUUACUCUCAUCAAGUGACCAAACAAGGAAGUGACUAAGCGACUCCCAUUGAAUUGAAAACUGGGAUUUGAAAAUGUGGCUCAUAAUUAUAACUUAUCAUAUGCAUAUUUUUUUUUGUACAUGACAUUACUACAGCCGAAUUAUUGUAUUGGUUAGUUAGUAUUUUUUAUACAACUUAAACUUUGAAUCAUCACUAUUUUCAAUUCAUCUUGUUUUAGUGUCUGAAGAUCCAUUUUAUAAUUUAUAAAUAUAUCUUCUAAGAAAAUGUUAAAGUAUAAAAAAAAAAGGGGGGGGGGGAGAUGAUAUUGAUAUCAGGAAAGAAACCAAAUUGAAAUGUGCGCGUGGGUGUGUGUCAUAUAUCAAAUCAUAUUUUAAAUUUAAAACCGUGCCUCCUUGAAAUGAAAUAGGACAAGCCUAUAAAAAGUAUUAGUAUUAAAAUAAUGCAAUGUUUGAUACUUUUUUUUGCAAAUUUUUUUAUUUUUGGAAAGUGUUAAAAUUUGAAAAAAAAUUUAAAUUUUGUUUAAAAUUCAGAUCACCAGACCUGUUUACUCUUACGUUUUUGGAGUACAAUAUAUGAUUUUGAGGUGUCUUUUACAAUUGUACGCUCAGACCCAUCAGAACUACGAUUUUAAGAGGCCGGUAGAAUACACAAUCUAUAGGUUUUUUUUUUAAGAUUAAAAAAAAAUAAUUAAAAUGUUCAUUUUUGGUUGUUAGUUUUAACUUGUAAUUGCAUUCCACAUCCAGCAGUGAAUGUGUCGAGAAAUAGGAUUGGUGGGGGACCAUCUAUAAUUAUAUUAUGUUUUCCCUGAGAGGGGAAUGGAGUGGCGUUUAUUUAGAUUUUUUGUAUGGUUUUGGGGUGGGGGUUCCAAUAUUUAAUUCUAUACAGAUACAAAUUAACACCGCUACAAUUGCGUAAUGAUUUGGGGGGGGUGGGGGUCUUGGUAGAAAGUACGUACAUUAUUUAAAAAAUUACAAUAUUCAUAGAGAAACUCUGAAAGACAAAAAACAGUAUAUUUGCAUCUCAAAUGCUGUAAAAAUAUCAGGCAAUGUUUUGUAGGAAUUAUCGACAUAAUUUUGCCAUGUAUUUUCACAAAUGAACUUGCUAGAUAUACUCAGAUAGUCUAGUACUAAAUAGUAGAGGUAUUACUGUAAUAUUUAGUCAAGCGUAUUUUCAACAUGCAUGUGACAUAUAUUUUGUUUGGCUACGCCAGUGGCUCUAAAAUGUUUGUUUCCUUGCACCUAUGCCAAAUUCAGGUUUUCACCAGAGUCUCUCUGUGUUAAAUUCUAACAAGCACACUUCGAAAUAGCAAAUACAUAAAACAAAAUAAAAAAGUUUGGGUAAAAAUAAAUAUAAGACAUAUGUAAGUCACUACUGACCGCCAUCUGGAUACUGCAGGGAGAGCGGGGUUAGAAAAUUUGACUUUUUGCGUACCUACUAUAUACAUGGCCCCCCUCGCGUUUGUUUGCUUGGGUGCUGUAUGACGCAAUUUUAUGACAUUGACAUAAUUAUGUCUCAAGGCUGAACCACGACGAGAAAACUAGAGAAUGGAUUCUCAACUGGUCCGCGCAGCAUUUACUGUACUAAAUUUAUACAUAUUUUAUAUUAUCUAAGUGGACCAUUUAAAUCUAUAAUUAGACGUGUAAAAACAGCUGUAUGAUUUUUAAUAUCCCAGCGUCUCAUUACCCAUUUACAGCUUUUGAUCUGACUUCGAGUUUGAACCCCAUUAAAUUUCUCCAGUAACUCUAUUUUUACCAGUAACAGGCUGUGAUAAUGUGAUCUGCAUGAUCACCUAAAUAUUAACACUUCUGCAAAACAAAGUGAUCGCAGAUAGCAAUAUAAACGUCAGUCUUAUACAUUUUACCUUCAGUUGCCUUCUUUUAGACAAGCUUUACUCUAUCUGGUUUGACGCUCAAUGCGAGUAGUUAUACAUUAUUUUUUCAGUAUGUUUAUUUAUAUUUUACUAUUAAGAUACUGUAUUAUACGAUUUUGUACCAUUUUUAGGAGUUUGAGGGUAAACAGGUCUGGAUCACAAUUAUUUUUUUAACAUUUGUCUUUUUUUUUCCCGUAAAUUUUGUGAUAGAACAUUUUAAUUAUACCUUUUGAUUUUUUUACAUAUAUUUAUUUGAACUCUUAAUAUAUACAAAAUUAAUAAAUUGAAGGGUAGGGGGUAAGGAACAAAUAGUGUGACAUAACAACCCACAACCAUAAGGGCAAGAUAAAUCUUUUUUGAAACACAGCCUACAAACUGUAAGUUAGAUUAUUAUUGAAAUACAUCGAAAUUGUGUUAUAUCUUUUCAGGAUCCAAGAUUUAGCCGAAGCAAAGAAAGAGGAAGGGAAUAACUUUUACAAAGAACACAAAUAUACAGAGGCUCUUGAAUGUUAUUCAGCAGCCAUUAGUAAGCUAACAAUCCUUGGUUAUUAAAAGGAAUCACAUUACUUUUUAUUUUAGGGUAUUAGGUUAGUAUUCUUAUGUCACCUCUAAAGGUAAAAGGUAGUUUGUUAAAGAAUAUUUUUUCUGGCUCUACAGGUCUUUGUCCAAAUUGUGCUGCAUACUAUGGAAAUCGAUCUGCUACAUAUAUUAUGCUUCAAAAGUUUAAAGCUGGAUUAGCAGAUGCACAGUAUGCAAUACAACUAGACACAGGUUUUGUUAAGGUAAUAUUUUUAUAAUAAAUUAAUUAAAAAUUUUCUUGAUAAAGCUGUUUCUUAAAUAGAUGAUGAGACUUUAGUUGCAUAUAUGUCCAUUUAAAAGUAUAUCUCAUUUUUUUCUAAUUUAUAUUUUUCAAAAACUUUAACGAUAGGGCCAGAAUUGAGACCAGACUUUUUAAAAUUCCUCUUCUUUAAAAAAAAAAAAAAAAAACUUGUAAAAUUAAACGAUACCAGUAGCUGUUUUAUUUGCUGUUGAGACUUUUCCUUCAUCAAACAGACCUUUGUCUCAAUAACAGUUUUUAUUUUGUUCACAGGGAUACUUAAGAGAGGGUAAAUGUCAUUUAGCCUUAGGAUCUCCAGUAGCAGCACUUAGAAGUUACAGACAUGUGCUUGAGAUUGAACCCAAUAAUACUGUUGCUCAAAAAGAGGUAAGAGGUUUGAACUGAUCAAAGUAGUAAAUUUAUUAGUAAUAUUAGUUGGAGGCUGAGGUGCAUAUUGUUUGCCUCUGUGGAAAUUGACAUUAUAUUGGGGAGUUAAUUACUGAGAAAAUAUUAUAUUUUGAUGGGUUUUUUUUUCCAAUGACUGCGGCUUAUGAUUUGUAAUUAAAUCCAAGGUCUACAAUUAAGUAUUUGACACUGUUACAUGUUUCAGUUAUGUUAAGCACUGUUUAUAGGUUCAGCAGUACUUUGCUGACUUAAAGUAAGUACUGCACAAGGUCAUUAGAAUAAGUACUGCACAGGGUCAUUUCAUAAUACAGGAGUUGCUUUGUUUUUUCAAACAAUAUAUGAAGAUUCCACUGCUACUUACAAGCUUAUAAUUAUGAAAACAUUUCUUUGGGGAACAGUUGGAAAGUGAAAAUCAAUUUUAUUAAGUCUAUUAAAAAAAGAGUUAUUAAAAUGAAAAUUUUGCAACUGAUAAUUAGUUACCCUACCUAAAAUUAAGAAAAAGCAACAACUAAAUGAAUCAUUGUUUCUAUGUAAAGCCUCUCAGCAAUAUUUUGAGCAACAUAAAAAAAGCAACUUUAUUUAUGAUACAUUUCUUCUUUUUUCUUAUAUUUAGUCUAGUACAGCUGCCCAAGUACAAGAACAUAUAUCAAAGGCUGAGGCUAAUUUUGAAAAAAGAGACUAUCGAACUGUAUGUUUUUAUUUUCUCAUGCUUAAUUUUGUGUUGUAUAUUUUUAUUGUUUACAUUUGAAGUUUCUGACCAGAUGUAGUUUCUUAAAUUAAGUAUUUAAAAAAAACGCAACUUUACAGCUAUUUUUUUCUAGAUUGAAUCUUUAAAAGUUUUUGAAGUUUCAAAUGAAUAUUUCUUUUUUUUCAGGCUAUAUUUUACCUUGAUCGAUGUAUAGAACAUUGCAUUGCUGCACUGCAUUUUAAAAUCCAAAAAGCAGAAGCCCUAGCUCUCUUAGGAAAAUAUCAGGAAGCACAAGAACAAGCAAAGUAAAUUUAAACUGUAACCUAUGUGCUUUUAUGUUUGGUUUUAAUGUAUGUGUGUGUUUUGUUUAAUAAAACAUGCAUGAAUCAUUUGUUAAAUUUUAGUGUUGCAAUUUUGUACAUUCUAACAUUUUAAAAAAUUUGGAUCUUCCAGUGAUAUUUUGCAAAGGGAGGGGAUGAAUGCAGAUGCGCUUUAUGUGAGGGGUAUGUGUCUAUACUAUCAAGAUAGUACAGACAAAGCUUUCCAGCAUUUCCAGGAGGUGUUACGGCGAGCACCAGACCACCAUAAAGCAAAGGAUAUAUAUAGGGUAAAGUAAUAUAUAUGUGUUACAAUACUUUAAUGAUACUGUUUUGUAUAUCUGAAUUUCUCAUUUAGAAUGAUUGUGGGUUGUAUUAGAGUUAGAGUUGUUCAAAUAGUCAAUCUGAAAUGUUUUAAAAUAUUUUUUAGGAUGGAAAAAGUAGCGUAAUCUUGAUACAUUAUUUUUUUUAGAUUAGUAAAGCAAAUGCAACUUUUCCCAAUUCAUUGUUUGAAUGUUAUCUCAGCAUAAAAACAAUUCUAAAUGAUCCAUUUAACAUACUUAAUUGUAAAUACUUCUAAAUGAAGAUAAAGUGAUAUUGUUUUCAUCCACUCAUCUAUGCAAUACAUUUAUAAGUAUCUCUUGAUUUUUUUGGUAAAUGACUUUGUCAGCUCAGUGUUUUCCAUUUUUCUGCUAUUUUUGCAAAGAGAGUUGGUAAGAAAUAAUUUUUCGGGGCACCAAUGUGUUUCAUAUUUUCACAGUUAUAAAACAUUUUCUAAGUUAACUAUGCACAUCUGGAGAUUUGUAAAUAUUCUCAACUAGCCUAUAUACCCGGCGUGGCCCGGGAUUGUAUAGGACCCUAUCCUGGUUUGACCUGGGAGCCUGAUCCCAUUGGGAUAAAGAUUAUGAUGGGAUCCCCACCCAUUUGGGAUCCUGUAUCAAAAAAUUCUUCAAUGUUACUGAGAGAACAGUUAAGUCCGGGACAGUAUAGAAAUGAAUUGAACUAACUAAAAUUUCAUUAUCCUUUAGAUCCCACUAUAUAUCCCCUUGGAACAAUUUAGAACUUUCUGGAACAUUCUAGAUUAAAAUUAAUAACCUGCUCGAAACAUGUUCAAAACUACUUAUCUAAUUACUUUUCAAAUACGAUAAAAAUCUUCGACAAAUCCCAUAAUUAUAACCCUUUUUCUUUUAAGUAUACUGAGGGAUCCCUGGGGGCCCAUUUCAUAACUAUAUCAAUUUAGCUAUGCCUGAGAUAAGGGGCCCUAUAAAAAUCAGUCGGAUAAAUAAUAAAGUUAAAAUUUAAAAUUUGCCCCAUUAAAAUAAACUUUAAAAUGCCAUAGCUAAAUAGCUAUAGCUUUUUAAAAUUAUUGAACUUUCUGGAAAAUUCUAGAAUGGAUAUUAUUAGUUUUAAAUCCACCGAUAUUUCAAAACGGACAAUGGAGGGUAUUGCUACGAAGCUAUGCCUAAUCCAUCAAUUCACAUAUAACAUAUAGUGUUGUCUAAGCCUAUUGAUAUUUAUAUAGCUUAUAUAAGGAAAAAUGAACUGGGCCCCCCGGCCACAGAGAAAUGGAUAUUAUGAGUUCAGUACCCUUCGGUAUUUGAAUAUGGAUAAUCAAGUAUGUAUGUUCUAAGUUUGGUUAAGAACCAUCUACUCAUGUAGGAGUAUUUGUUUCUAAUUAUUUUUAUAUAGCCCAUAUAAGGAAAAAAAAAGAAUUCGGGGCCCCCCGGCCCCAAACGGAAUGUUAUAAAAAGUUCAUAACCCCUUAAGAUUUCCUUCUGGAUCAUGAUGGAUAUAUGUGCCAAGUUUGGUCAAGAUCCAUCCAUCCUUGUAAAAGCCUUUGUGGAACAAACAAAUCCCGCCACACACACACUUUCUUUUAUAUAUAUAUAUAUAUAUAUAUAUAUAUAUAUAUAUAUAUAUAUAUAUAUGAUUUAAAUUUUGUAAUUAAUUUUUUUAUAUCCAUGAUAGAGAGCAAAGGCUUUGUCUGGGAAGAAAGAUGAAGGUAACACAGCUUUUCGUGCAGGGAAAUACCAAGAUGCCUACAAUAUGUAUUCUGAGGCACUUAGUAUCGACCCUAAUAACAAGUCAACUAAUUCCAAACUAUUCUGUAACAGGGCUACAGUAUGUUCCAAGGUAAAAUUUAGUUUCUGUCCAGGAAAUAAGAUGCACAUGUUAAUAUAAAGGUGCUAAUAAAAAUGUAUUCUAUGAUGAAGUUAUGAAGAAAAAAAUGAAAAAAGUUGUGUUAUACUAUUGGGCCAAACUUCAUGAGGCAUAGUGUAGGUUCUGAAAAUGUUUUUUUAUGAAGAACUCUGUAUGUUUGAUGAUAUCUUUGAAAAUAUUUAAAGCAUUAAAUUUAUUGCACACCUGUUCAUCGUUCUUCAAACAUUUAAGUUCCAUUGGUACGUAGUGAUGGCUGUACACUUGUGGAAAUGUACAGAUUUGACAUUCUACAUGUGAAAUGUUAUUCUACAGUAAGGUUACUCUACAAAUAGCCUUUUUAUAUUGGUAUUAUUUUUAAAAAAACUUCAUUUUUAUAUUUAAUUUCUUUUUUUUAAAUGUUGCUGUAAAAGUGUAACAUAGUGAUAUUUGAUAUUAAUUUGCUGUUGAGUGAAAAGCACUAUUUUGUUUAGAGUAGUGACACAUAGUUAUAGAUAUAAAUAUAGAUAGUGAGGAUAAUUAUAGAUAGUGAGGAACUACAAGGACAGCCAUAUUGUAUUGAAUGAAGAUAGCUGUUGUGAAGAUUGAUUGGUCUUAUGUAAUUUUCUAAAUAGAAAUUGAUGUAUUAGGACUGAACUAUCUUUAAUCAUCAUUCUAUUAUUUAUCAGAUGUGAACCUUAUUUCUGCGUAGUGUUUAAAAUAAAUAAGUGAUAUGUGAAUUCUUUGACUUCAUAUUAUUACAGUUGUGGGAAAUAGUAGUUAACACCCUAACUGAUAUUCAUUGAGGUACCCACUCUGGUCAUGACAAAUUUAUAACAGUAUCAGUGAUCAGUAUAGGAAUAAAGGUUACAGUAUCCAAAUUAGCUAUAACAGUAACAGUGAUAACAGUAUAGGACAAAAGGUUACAGUUUCCAAAUGAGAGGUUAUUUUGGAAGAGCAGGUAAGGUAGGAGUGGUUAAAGUAAUGAUAUGUCAUUAGGGCCACAGCCAUGAGUUUGAUUUUGUCUUCUUAUUCAAACUGGUUAAAAGAAUUAUUAGAUCAUUAGGCCCCUUUGCAAUGAGUUUGAUUUGCCUUUUUUAUUCAAACUGUGGUAAAAGAAUGAUUAGGCAUCCCCGUCAUGAGUUUGAUUUUGCCUUCUCAUUCAAAAUAUGGAAAAAUUGUGAUUAAAAGUUGUUGUUUUUUCGUUUUCUUCCCAGCUCAACAAAUUAGAUGAUGCAAUCCAGGAUUGUUCUAAAGCUAUUGAGCUGGACGACACAUAUCUCAAAGCAUACAUGAGACGAGCCAAAUGGUAAUGAACAAAAUUGUCUUCUUUAUCCAUCUAUUUAUUUUUUAUGUUUGAAUUAUUAUUAUUAUUGAGUUAUUUUUAACAAUUGUCGAAAUAAUUAACUUAGUUUACUUCAUACGAAAAAUUUAUUGAAUUAAUAUUUGAACUGACGAGCAAAUUACCAUUCAGCUUCCUUAUAAUUUUAUAAGUUGUGUCAAAGAAAGAAAGCAAAGUGAUCAGAGUAAAUAAAAUGCGUGCCGUCUGAAGAGAAACUUACAUAUAUGUGUUUUGUCCUAAAUGGAAAAAAUUCAAAUAAAAAAUCUUAAUUUGUUAUUAAAACCAUGUUUUUUGUUCCAAAACAUCAGAUUGGAAUUUGUGUAAUAUUCAAAUGCAUAUUAGCCUAUUAUUAAGUUUAAAAUCAGGGCAUUAUUCUCUGAUAAACCAAUGAUAAAUUGCUGAAACCUAGAUAGAAACACUCAUAAACAACUGCCAUUAAAAUAAUAAAUUCAAGUUAAGCUCAUUUUUGCCCACCCUAUGAGUUACACAUGCAACUUUUUAAAAAUAAUUUGUAUGCUUCAUACUACAACCAUUUCGCCAAAUACUAGAUUAUGCUCACAGCAAUAAAAUAUGCUCACAUUGUUUCACAGCUACACAGAUACAGAACUGUAUGAAGAAGCUGUAAGAGAUUAUGAGCAGAUAUACAAGAUGGCCAAGACAAGAGGUUAUUUAAGUUCAUUUUAAGUUUAUUAUUGUCUUCAAGUAAUAAUUUUCCUUCAUAUAGUGUUUAACUAUAUGUUCUAUUUUAUUCAGGCACCUGAGGGUAGGUUCCAAGAAUGUAUUUUUAGAAGAAAAUUAAAUUCUAGUUCCACUUGUCGAAAACACAAAGUGCAAGAAAGUUAUUUUUAUUUUUUUUAAAUAACGUGAUAGUGACAGAAAACUAGAUUUUUAUUUCCUAAAAAAAUCAUAUGUAUGCUAUUUUACAUUUUUAAAUGAAAAUUAUAAACAAUAUUUUUUAAACUGUUUUGAAAUAGAAGCAAGAGAUAUAUCAGAAAGAGUGAACAAAUAUAUUAAAAAAUUUUAAUCCAGCAAGUACAGCUCAGUUCAAUUUUUACAAUUCAGCAUUUCCCUUAUCAUCCCCUUUUUAAAAAGAUUUUAUUUUGUUACGGUAUUGUGAUUGCUCAGAGUAUUUAACUUAUUGUUUACAUGAUUGUCAUUAAUUGGCUUAGCUUACAUAUAACAUAACCAUACCUGGACAAGACAAUAUCCAUCCACUAAGUUAUUUAACUGUGACACCUUUAAAGAAAAUUUAAUUUAAAAUCUGCUAAAAAAGGAGCAUUAAAUUAUGUUUACACUUUUAUUUAGUUUCUGUUACUUCUGAUAAUGGACAGUUAUUAGGUCCCACACUUGUGUAUUUAAAAUUGAGCCAGCAUGUAAAUGCUGUUUUUAGUUUCGUUAUUUAAAUGAUUUUAUUCAAGUUAAAUGUCAUUGAUAUUUUUAAAUAUAAAUUCCAAACUAUUAAAAAUCAGGCUAUUCUUUUCCUAAGGGAAACCAGAAUAACUUUGAUGUUUUUGUCUUUAAAAUCAAUAUAAUUGUUUUUCUUACUAUGCUCAAGACCUCAGAACACUUGUGUUGUAUUAUAAACAGAAAAUAAGCAGCUACUUCAAAAUGCAAAGCUGGAGUUGAAGAAAAGUAAGAGAAAAGAUUACUACAAGAUUCUUGGGGUUCAUAAAACAGCUUCAGAAGAUGAAAUUAAAAAGGCGUACAAGAAGCGUGCUUUGAUACACCACCCAGGUAAGAUACCCCUGCAUUAUUCAGAACUAAAUGCUAAGAGACUACAACCAUACACUGAAAAAAUACUUGGUGACAACCAUGCUAUUAGAGAAAUAUUAAGAAUAUAAUAUCCCAGUGCAUCAACUCUAUGUAGCCUAUAUAAUGGCCUUUGACAUCGUCUUAAGAAAAUACCUAUAUGGGACUCUGUAGAAAUUCGGGCAUACCCAAAAAACUUUUUAAAAAGGCCAUACGUGGCGAGGCAGGCCAAAGCCCCACAUUGGCUGUAACAUUACAGGGAUUGAUGGGCAGAAUUUUGACCUUUCCAUCGGAGAUAUACUUAAUUUUUUUUUUUUUGCUGUCUGCGUUUCUUUCAACAAUCUGCAUUAAUCUCACAUUAAAAGAUUAAUAAGAUUGAUAUGUCCCUUACUCACCUUUUUUUUUCAGUAUUUGUAAGCUUAUUUGGCUGCAGCAUUUACAGGAUGAUAUCUCAAGACUAUUCAACAUAAUCUCCACAAAAUUUGUUUAGACUUAGCCUAGUUUUAGCUAACUCAAUUUAUAUAGACUGAUGACUUCCUUGUACAACUUAGGAAUAUACAAAAAACAAUGCAAAUUUUUUUAUAGGAUGGAAAAGGGCAUUUUAGAAAAAAGAUUGUCAUUUAAAUAUUUGUUGAUAGCAGGGGAAAUCAUUGCAGUGUCAAUGAAAAUUAUAGCGACUUUAAUAAAAUUUACAGAAGUGUCAAUACUGCCUAUACAGGAUAUAAUAAUAAUAUUUUGAUAAUAAACAUAAACUUAUUGUUAUUGUACCAGAUUCUUAGUCAUUUUAAUUUUAUGUGUGUGGUAAAAUAAGAAUGAGGGACACAUGAACAUCACAACAAUUUGCAUGCGCAACACACCACAGCAAUGUGCAGGGAAAAAACAACACAGCCAUGUGGAGGCACAAAAUAUCGUAACAAAGACAUGUACAAACACUACUUAAGCUAAUGCUGCAAGGUUAAUUUUAAUUUAAUGUCUUUAAAUUGUUACCCAGCUGUAUUCAGUUGGACUUUUUUCUUUUGUUUUUGUUAAAUUGAUAACUUUCUUUUUAAUUUAAAAAAGAAAAGAUGAAAAAUAAAAAUAUAUUUAGUUAGUAGAAAAAGACUAAUUUAGAUUAUUUUCCAUCCGAUUAUGUCAAGCAUGGGUUAAAUUUGCUAUUUCUUUUUGUAUGUAUUUCUGGUCACAGAUAAUAUGUAACAGAAUUAACAUGUCCGACAAUGUAAAUUUAUAACAAAUUAAUGCUUACUCAAAUAAAGAUUUGGUUUGCAGUUUAUUUUUGUUUGAAAUGCUUUGGUUGCCAGAUAACUUGACAGUAUUUGGCAACAACUCAUUACACUUUAUUACAUAAUGUAUCUAAGAAGUUAAUAGAAUGUAAUUGCAACAGUUGUAACACAUAUUAUUGUAAAAGGUAAGGGUAAGACUAUUGCUAAAGUGACGCAUGAUUGUUUGCAUAACAUGUUGUCCCCUGCUAUUGGUAUCAUUAGCUUUUAUCCGUUUUAUAUCAUGAAUUCAAUUUAACAAGAACACAUUUUUGUCUAGAUCGUCACUCGCAUGACACAGUAGAUAAACAGAAGGAAGAAGAGAAAAAAUUCAAGGAACUGGGAGAAGCUUAUAGUAUUUUGUCAGAUGCUAAGAAAAAGGCAAAGUAUGACAGUGGGCAAGACAUUGAGGACGGCGAAGGGAUGGGAUAUGGUAAGUAAGAAUGUUACCCAUUAUCUAUAUCUCUGUAAUGCCUAAGUUCUACUAUCAUGGUGGGAAUGUAAUGCUGGCAUAAACAGGGUACAUAUUUUUACCGGAUAGCGAAUCUGAGUCUUUUUGGACUACUGUAUGCCAUUUUGCAGGAUGAAACUCUCCAUACAAUACCCCUUAUAAUGUUAUCCACUUAAAAUGCCAUGUCUACAUGUAAUUGUAAUGCGAUCUGUUAAUCUAAAAAUUAUUGAAUAAGUAUUAAAUUUUAAAAUAAAAAUGUCAAAAUCAUUUAAAUUAUUAUAUUUAAAACGAACUGAGUUUGUUCCAAUACAGGAUAGUUGCUAACAUUACUGGUGUUAUGCGGAGAUACAAUUCGAAUAUCAUUUACAGGUAUUAAAAAAAAAAUUCACAAUGGCGUCAAAAUAGUUAAUUGUGGUGAACCCUUACUGUUAAGUCUUUUUGUCCACUUACCACAUACAGUAAAAAAAAUACUUCUAUCCACAUGACAGAUUUGUGAAAAAUGAUACGAGACUGUAAUCUCAAUAACCUUUUUAUAGUCUGAUGAUAUUGACCUUACUUUAUUAAUUUAAAUAAAUGGGAUCUGUACUACUUAUACUACAGCUAAGAAAAGUAAAUGAUUACCAGUAUCUAUAAUGAUAUCUAAAUUGCUAUUAACUUCAUUAUCUAAGUCCAUUAAAAAAAAUUCUAUUGAUCAAAAUUUGAAAAAAUCAGACUUUAAUCCAGCUAUUUUUAUUUAAACGUUGUCAUUUAUAAAAUUAUUCAUUUGGGAAAGAUGUGAACACAUUAGCAUGAUUUUUUUUUACUCUGUGUUUUGGUCGAGAUUAAACUCCAAUGUGCAAGUUCGAAAUGGACGCCAUUAAAAUUUAGCCUGCAAAACCAUCCAGCUACCCAACCCAUUUUGAUAAACAAAAUUUAUGUUAAAUCUUUAAAAGUUUAAUUUUCAAAUAAAUAUUCAGAUCUGCAUCAGUAUUAAUUGUAUAUUUGCUAAGGAAAGUAAUUGAGACAAAAAAAAACGGGAUAUUCGGCCUGGGCAUGGCGAUAUAUUUUCCAUGAGCACAUCAAUUAUUUUGUUUUGAAGCCAACUAGGAGGUAAUGUACACGCUUGUCUCAUGUUCAUUACAUUUUUUGUCACACCUUUCAGACACAGUCGAUCCUAAUCAGAUCUUCCAAGCUUUCUUUGGUGGAGGCAACAUGUCUGGCUUCAGUUUUGGUGGCCAUCCAGGUGCUUCUCACUUCAGUCAUGGUGGUCACUCACACAAUGGAGGGUUUCCAGGAUUUUCCUUUCAGUUUGGUUGAUGUCUGUUUUUAAUUAACUCUGAUUGCCCCAGAAAAAUCGUAGCAAGAUCUUGGUGCAAAAGAAUACAGAAAUAUCUGAAACCAGUCUUAGACAUUCUGGCCUGAUAUUUAUAUUUUAUAAUUCUAAUGUUUUAAACACAGCUUUCCCAUCAUCCAAAGGGUUGUAAAAUUAAUGCAGAGGUAAAUUUGAAGCUUCGGUGAACACCAAGAUAAUAAACAUGAUUUUGCACUUGUAAAUUUGAACUUUUUUUUUCAGAUGAAGUAUAUUUAUAUGUGAAACUAAGUAUGGAUAUGUACAAAAAUGAGUAUGGAAAAAGUGUGUGUGAUUUUUAUUUGAAUGUAUUGGGAUGUCUGCUUGACAGCUGUAAUAUCAAUGUGAUUAUGUUGCAGCAGAUGUGUCAGGGUGGACAAAAGUACUUCAAGUUAUGAAGUUAUGAUGCAUAUUUAAAAAAAAAAAAUUAAUGAUAGAUUUACAAUAUAAUAUUAUGUCCUUUGCCUUGACCAAAAUUUGGGUUGUUUGCAUGUACACACUUGGCAGCAUGCUGUAGUCUUAUCAGAGCUGUGUGUAUGCAGAGCUGUUGAGAGCACUGCCAGAUCUGAGAGUUAGAUACAGCUAGAUGAGCCAGGUAUUUUUUUUUUUAGCAUGUAGCUCAACAUAAUAUAGACUGAAAAACAAAAUUUAAAAAAACAGAAGAAACAAUAAACGAAAGAUUGUUUCAACUUGACAGACUUUGUUUGAGGCUGUGCUUACUGAUAAAGUAGAUUAUUCAUUUAGCUUCAACCAAUAGUUGUUUAGCAGCAAGGUAGUUGCUUUUAAAGAUACUAGUGUUUUAUAAGUUUGAAAGAGAUGGGCAUCGUACCUCAGUAAAUUCAAAAUAUACAGAGAAACGGCUUUCUGUUGCAAGUGACUGUUCAGAAAUAAAAAAAUAAACUUGCUCGAAUGAUACCAGGCAGUCAUUAAAUAAUGACAGUUCCAAUGCUGCCCUAUUAUGUAUCCAACGACCUAUUGUUAUUUAACCUUUUCCCAUUGCACCAUUUUAGCUCAGUCUCUUCUUUGAAAAUUAAACAAAUCCAUUUGGAAUUUUCUCCUAAUGCAGUUAAAUGUUAAUAUUCUGCACUUAUCAGACUGUACAAAGUAUCAAUAAAAAAAAUUCUGUACAUAUAGUGAACAUUCCUGUGUGUUUAUUUUUUCACAUAAUAUGCAAAUUUAAUUAAUUAUUUACUAUUUUUAAUUAAUCUUAAAUAACAUUUGCUGAUUUAUACAAAUUUAUUUUUUCUUCUUUAAAGUUUGAUG